AUGGAUAAUAGGAAUGUGGUUCCAUACAAUGCAUAUCUGCUGAUGUCUUAUCAAGCGCAUGUUAAUGUAGAGUACUGUAACAAGUCAAAUGCUAUCAAAUAUUUGUUCAAGUACGUGAAUAAAGGUCCAGACAGGGUAGCAGUUGGAGUUACAAAGGAAGCUUCCAGUGGAGAGGAUGCUCACGUUAUUGAUGAGAUCAAACAAUUUUAUGAUUGCAAAUAUUUGUCUGCAUGUGAGGCUGUGUGGAGAACUUUAGCUUAUGAUAUUUAUCAGAGGUGGCCUUCAGUGAUGAGAUUAACCUUUCAUUUGCCUGGAGAACAAAAUAUCAUCUUUAAGAUGAUGACGAUCUUGAAGAAAUCGUGGAAGAAGAGGAAGGAAAAUGUACGAUGUUCUUAG